UCCUCAGUCGGCCUACGACUCGACUCCCCGUUCCGACAUACCUGGUCAAAGCCAUCGGGGCAACAAAGACAGUCAUCCAUCCAUCCAUUCAUGCCAGAUACAUACCAUGUAUAUCUGGCAGUAUACACGGCUCCCCUCCCCUCAAUGCAUGGGUGCACAGCCUGGCCAGCAUGCCAUGCCGCAGGGUGGCCAAGGUUCAGACCUUACUUCCCGCCCAGGCAAGUCUUGUCAGCAAGCAUGACCACUCUCGCCUGAGGCCCUAGGCUCCUCACUCACCAUGGCGAGUAGGUAGCAACGCUGGAGGUGCGGGAGACCCUGGGGCUUGCCGCGAGGUACAUGGCAAACCAGGUCAUGUCCCUCUCUGAGUAUCAAGCCCGAGCGAGCGAGCCAGACCCUCUCUCGGACCUGCUGAGAAUAUCCUGCUCAAGCCUGCGUAGACUGGCCAAUGACACCUUGACGUUCCCGCGUGUGUGCCUGCGGCUUCACGACGACACCGCAAAAUGCGGCUCCCCCACUAUAAGUUCC